AUCCUAAUCCCAGGAAGCUAUCCCUAUCGCGUUGGACAAAUCCUCCAGCUACGUGCAGCCACACCACGCGCCGAUCAAGUCUCCGUCAUGAACGCCAAGAUCCUCAAAGCGUUCCAUCAAGACGACGGAAUGGCGUGUAUACUGGAAGUGCAGGUGACGCCGCCGUUGGGGAAGAUGAGCAACCCGAUGAUGCUGAAACUGUUCGACCGACGGUAUGCGGCGGUGGCGCGAACGUGGAGGCUGGGGUACGGCAGGGACCCGGCGAACUGGGCCACCUGGGUUGAGCAGGAGUACCUCGAGUAUCGCUGCAAGGAAAAAAGCCUGAUCACGAUGCAGAUCCUCACCCAGAACGAGCCUCCGCGCUGGGAGCACUUGAGCUGGGAGCCCGCGCAGCGCGAGAUCUACUUCGAGGACAUCAUGCGCCGCCACCUGGAGACCGAGGCCGACGCCUGGCUGCGUCUCAACCCGCUGCAAUGCGACAUGAUCCCGCAGUUCUACGGCCGCAUCUCGGUCACCUGGGAUGCCAUGUCGGAUGACGGCCAGUCUACCGCCACUGGGCUGUGCCACGGGCUUCUUCACGAGGAGGUCUCCGGAUUCAGCCUGGUCAAACUGCGUGAAAUGGUGCCGCAAUCGUCUUGGCAGACGUACUGCAAUCAGGUUCUCAAGGUGCUGCAGGAGAUCAAUGAGUUGGACGUGCGAACCGAGGGGCUCAGUCUGCUGGAUUUCGCCCUGCAUCGUAUCGUGAACGGAGACUCGGACGAGGAGGAGGACUACGACCUGAAGGACAACAAUGAUCUCGUGGUCGUUCUUAUUAAUCUUAAAUCCUGUAGGAUUCGCGAGUACGAGCAAAGUGAGCAUGAAUUCAGACGGCUCCUCGCGUUGGAGGACGAAGAAUUCUCCAUUGGACAGCAAUUGGAACUCCUCACUCGCGGUGCGUGGACCUAUCGUCGUUCGGAUUAUUACCGCAAGCUGGAUCGUGACUUUCCCGAUAUCAAGUUGGAACAAGAAGCCGAGAUCGAAGAAGAAGAACCGGAGCUACCCAUUUAUUACACGACUAGAGGAGGCACGCCGGUCAAUCGUUAGGAUGUAGAGCAGAGCAGAGUGGGUCACAUGUUUCGAACGUGUUGGAAGUCAUUCGUUGACUAGUUAUAGCCUGGUAUACUAGAUAGCACCACUUAGCUGAAAUGCCAAACCUCGAUAGCAU